AUGGCUCUGCAAAUAGGAGAUGAAUUUAGCUCUUUUGACCAAUUUCAACAAGCAUUAAUUGCUUACAAAAAUGCAAAAUUUAUGGAUUUUGCCAUUAGUGACUGUAGAACGCUGACUGCAGCAAAAAAAACCUGUCCAAAAAAACUGGAAAAAACUCCAGAGAGUUUAAAAUAUUAUUUUGUAAAGACUAUAAAACAAGAGUGUCCAUCAUUUAUUUACUUAAAAAUAAAUAAUAUGGAUAAAUUGGUAGUAGAUAAAAUGUGCGAUACUCAUAACCACGAAACCAAUGAAACACUCUUUAAUAAUUUACCUAAGCAACGCCGUAUGACUCCUAAAGAUAAGUCAGACAUCAUUCAAUUGAUGGACAUGCGGGCAAACAAAAAAUUAAUACAAGAUAAGUAUUUAACAGAAACAGGAAAAAUAAUAACUCUGAAAGAUCUAUCUAAUAUCCGAACCAAAGGAAAACAAAUGGUAGAAAAAAAAGACUUUGAAAAAAUUGUCGAAGAGCUCAGAGUUAAAUACAAAUGCAAUUUAGAAAUCUUAACAGACAGUGAACAAAAAUUACAGGGUAUAUUUUUACAAGACAAAAGAAUGAAAACUGUAUUUGAAGCCUUCCCAGAAAUUGUGUUUGCUGAUGCUACUUAUAAGCUAUUAGAUAGUAGGAUACCAGUUUUUGUUCUUUUGGUAGAGGACGGGAAUGGACAAAGCAAAAUCGCUUCAAUAGGGUUAUUAGUCAACGAACUGCAUGAAACAUUGAAAUGGUUUUUUCAAACAUUUCAAAAGAAUAACCCAGCUAGCAUGAAUACUAAUGUGUUCAUGACAGAUAAAGACAUGAAUGAGAGAAAAGUAAUAAAUGACAUUUUUCCUGAUGCAAAGCUUUUAAUAUGUUUAUUUCAUGCACUGCGUACUUUCCACCGAGAAAUAACCUGUGAUAAAUUGGGGAUUACGCCUCAAGAGAGGGACCAAUCAAAGGUUUUAUUUGAAAAACUAUGCUAUUCCGAUAACGAAGAAGAGUAUCAAAAGUUGUACGAUACUCUUAAAUCAUUUGCACCAGCACAGGUUAUGGAUUACUUUAAUAAAAAUUGGCAUCCUAUAAGAAAUGAGUGGGUGGUAGGCAUGACUUAUAACGCUGGAAAUUUUUUGAAUAGGACAAAUAACCGCCUAGAAAGUUUCAAUGGAAAAUUGAAAUCUGUCAUUGACUCAUUUUCAAAUCUGCAAGAAUUUUUUGAAAAACUAUUUGUUGUCCUAAAAUGCCUCAGAAUAGAACGAGAUAGUAAAGCACUACAUAUAGUUCAAAAAUGGCCAACAACUAAGUUUUUAAAUGCUGUAGAAGAACAAUAUUUUAGACUGUUGACUCCCUACGCCUUUGAUUUUUUGAAAAAACAAUUGCAACAAAAAAGUACUAUUGUUGAAAGUACAAGUACAGACCAAUCAUGUAGCUGUGCUUUUUUUAGGUCUAUGAAACUGCCAUGUAAGCACAUUUUCAAAAAAAGAGAACAAAAAAACUUGUCCCUCUUCGAUCCUACAAUUUGCGAUAAUAGGUGGACGAGAAAUUAUUACACAAAAUCUCAUGUUAUAUUUAAUACAUUGAGCAAUGAUCAAGUUCAAUGUUCAAGUUUGUCAAUAACACACCAACCAGAACAAAGCACAAGAUGUUUAACAUCACAUGAAAAAUUUAGAAGAGCGUCAAUGUAUUCAACUAAAAUUUCUGAAAUUUUAAGUACUGUGUCAAAUGAUCAGUUUCAUAGGAAAAUUGAACAGUUGAAUGCCAUUUCAUCCUCAAAAAUAUACUCUGCGGUUAUAACAAUACCUUGUAGAAUCAACCAAAUUUCAUAA